CUGAACUCCAGCUGGCCCCAUCGAACUCACUUCUCAUCGGAUCUCCUCCUCACUCAUCUUUGGAAUUACGAAAGAAACCCCAAACUCGCCAACAUCAUUGCGUACGUCCCUGCUCAAAAGCUCAGCAUUGCUCAAUUUUCUCGGGAAGUCACACGUAUCGAAGACGAUAUGGACAACACCGAGGUCAAGGGAUGGUUGACAAAGAUCAGCGCCGUGCAAAAGGGAAAGGGCACCCCUUGGGCUCUUCGAGUCUUCUCAGCGCGCGCCGAAGAGGUCAAUCACACUUUCCCGGGACUGACCCAGGCUCACUGCCGGAACGUGGGAUGUGUAAAUGGCAUCGCGCUAGUUGACACAGAUGUUACUAUCUCGACUGUGGAUGGAACACGGCGUCCCUCGGUUCUCUACCGUGCCAUUCAUGGUGGUCAACCUCACGGCGGUAUCAUAUCUCGGCUGGGCCACGGAAGCGAUGCAGUUUUCUUCCACCACCAUCUCCGGAGACACUUGAGUUGGAUAAGUCGCGAACCGAGUCCGUUUCUCUCAGCAACCACGGAUUUCCAGAAAGCGGUCAGAGUUGCGUGCAUAUACGUGGCUAAAGGCUAUGAAGAUGUUCAAAUCGUCGAGUUCAGGACUGGUGGUGCCGGCUGGGAUCACAAGAAGCACCGAAUGUGGGAGCCGAGAAGUCUGGUUAAACGGCUCAGCCCUGAAGACGACCACGAUUACUUCGACAAGGAGUUCCUCAUUGAACACUCGAUUCCAAAAGAGAGCAUUACGGACAGGUACAUUUGGAAUGAGGACAAGAAGCAGUUGGAUCCAUCCGGUGAUAACCUGGAUUACGCGAAAAACGUCCAAAGGAAUCGAAAGAGGAUGAAAGAAAAACGCCGAAAAGAAGCCAAGAAGGCGAAAGAAGCCAAAGAGAGGAGGAUGAAGCGAAAGGCAGAAGAAGAAGCUGAGAAGAAACGUCAGGAAGUCCAGAGUGACGAAACCAACGACUUGAUGAAGAAGCGGCCAGCUGAGGGCCUCGGCGACGCAGAGGAGCAGGAGCAGGAGAAAAGGCCCAGAAAACGAUACAAAGUUGGCCAGAAGCUGACGUACAAGUCAAGGAACUAA